GGACUGGAUAUCAAAAGCAGGACCCACACAAGCGCCCCUAGUUCUCUUCUUUUCAUCGCCAAACUCAUCAAAGUUUUCUCCUUUUGUUUUUCUUUUGAGAUCGCAUUUUCUCUCUCUGCUUCUUCCGUCCUCUCGCCGAUACUCUCUCUCUCUCUAUCUCAGCGCUUAAGCCGGCAUUUUCAGCGGUGAUCUCUUCCUCGUUUCUCAGAUCCGUUAGGUGAACGGAUAUGGAACUCACUAGCAAGUAUUUUAGAGGGGGUUUCAUAGCUGGAUGCUCAUUCAAGAAAUCGUUUUGAUUAGAGUGUCCCACACACACAAACAAAAAAACUGGUCUUGGAUGUGCAAAUGAGCGUUAUCCACUGAUGUUGUUUGCAGCAGAAGGAGGAGGAUUCUUCUCUUCAUCAGCUUCUGGCUAUACCAACGCUUUCGCCCUUCUUUUAGGCCGUAAGAAUGAACAAAAACCUGUAAGGGUAUCACCUUGGAGCCAUUAUCAUUUGGUAGCCGAAAAAACUGAUACCAAAGAUUCCUCUAAGAAAUGGCUCUCACGUCGCUGCACUUCCCUUAUUUGCCUUGGUCGCAAAUCCGAAAGUCCUCAGCCACAAGAUUCUCCUUCUGACUCUUCGGUUCAUGCACCACCAAGUGUUGAAUAUGAUAGUGAAGUCAGUACUAGAUUUGCACUUAAGAGCAGCUUGAAGAAAAGAUCAUUUAGCGAUUUUGUUGAUGCUGAUGAUGGCGUGUUGGAUCAUGCUGAGAGAAGGAAAGUGCAGUGGCUUGACACUUGUGGUAUUGAGAUUGCUGAGGUCAGAGAAUUUGAGCCUAGUGAGGUGGAUGUAUCGGAUGAUGAGUUGCAUCAUGGAAAUAGAAAAAGCUGUAUGUGCACAAUAAUGUAA